CUGAGGGCCAUAUCUGUACUAGAGCCUGUACUGUAGUAUUCCAAGAUGGCUACCGAGCCGGCUGAGUUGGACAGUGAUGAAAUGGAGAGUUACGAUGCCUUCAUUAUGAAGAAAGAGCAGCUGUCUAUCCACGAGUCUGGCGAGCACGAAGAAGAUGAUGGAGAAGAAGAAGAAGAUGAUGAUGAUGAUGACGAUGAUGACGGCUAUAUAUACUGGGAAGGAACCGGUGCAAAUCUUACCAAACUCUAUUCUGGUACUAGAGGGUGUAAUCCACAGGCCAACAAGCAGGAAACACACAAGUCUUCAGCUAAAGCCUAUGUUGCCACAGACAAAGUGUUGCAGAAAUACGAAAAUAAGAUUAAUUUAGGUCGACUGAACCUUUCUGACUGCGUAAUGAAUAAAGUCACUGAAAAAUCCCGGCAAAAGGAGGCAGACACAUAUCGAGUUAAAGAUAAGUCUGACCGAGCGACCGUGGAACAGGUGCUGGAUCCAAGGACCAGAAUGAUUCUGUUUAAGAUGCUUACGAGAGGGGUCAUAUCGGAAAUCAAUGGCUGUAUCAGCACAGGCAAAGAGGCCAACGUGUACCACGCCAGCACUUCCUGCGGAGAGAGCAGAGCAAUCAAGAUUUACAAGACUUCAAUUUUGAUGUUUAAAGAUCGUGAUAAAUAUGUCAGUGGAGAAUUCAGGUUCCGGCACGGUUACUGCAAAGGGAACCCCAGGAAAAUGGUGAAAACUUGGGCGGAAAAAGAAAUGAGGAACUUAAUAAGGUUGAACACCGCUGGAAUUCCCUGUCCAGAGCCUAUCAUGCUAAGAAGCCACGUGCUGCUCAUGCAGUUCAUCGGUAAAAACGAAACUCCUGCUCCUCUUCUGAAGAACGCUCCUUUAUCAGAAUCCAAAGCCCGAGAGCUCUACCUAGAUGUUAUCCACUACAUGAGGAGAAUGUACCAGGAUGCCAGACUUGUACACGCGGACCUGAGUGAAUUCAAUAUGCUGCUGAACAACGGAAAGGUGUAUAUAAUUGAUGUGUCUCAGUCCGUGGAGCACGAUCACCCGCAUGCUUUGGAAUUCCUGCGGAAAGACUGUGCCAAUGUAAAUGAUUUCUUCGUAAAGCACGGUGUUGCAGUGAUGACUGUGCGUGAGCUCUUUGAGUUCGUCACUGACCCUUCCAUAACUGCAGACAACAUGGAUGCCUAUUUGGAUAAGGCAAUUGAAAGGGCAGCACAAAGAACAGAGGAAGAACGAUCAAGUCAAGAUAAAGUUGAUGAAGAGGUUUUUAAGAAGGCAUAUAUUCCCAGAACGCUAAAUGAGGUGAAGAACUUCGAGAGAGAUGUACACUUGAUGCAGAAUAUGAAAGAGGAGGACAUGGCUCUAAACAUCCAACAAGAUAAUAUUCUCUAUCAGACUGUGACUGGGUUAAAGAAAGACUUGUCUGGCGUGGAGCUGGUUCCAUCUUUGCUCCAAAACAGCAGUGAUGCUGAGGAGGGGGAAUUAGACUCUGACAGUGCGGCGGACAGUGCUGAGGGGUCUACAUCGGACUCUGAAGAGGACGUUCAUCCCAAGGACAGGAGCUCUCAACCUGACAUUGAUAAAAAGGAGCGGAAGAAGAUGGUUAAAGAAUCACAGAGGGAGAAGAGGAAAAACAAGAUUCCAAAGCACGUGAAGAAAAGAAAAGAGAAGACCGCAAAGAUGAAGAAAGGCAAAUAGAUUAUUUUCUAAGCACUGCCUUGCAGAAGAAGUGAGAUGCCUGUCCGUUCAUCUUACAGAUGAAUAGAUAACUUUUACACUGUGUGUAGACUCCCAGGGGCCACAUUGAAUACAUGCAACAGAAAGGUGCUACAGUGCAUCUUUUCGAUUGCCAUAAAUAUUGGGCUUUUCCAUGUGUGAGAGAGAGCUGGGAAUUAAUGCUAUUUAAUUAACCCUUUAAAAACUGUUCCAGCAAUUAAAUGAUUGCUAAAUGUAAAAACAACUAGUCACGUGUUUGCAUCAUAUAUUAAGAAAAAAACGUUUUUUAACAGUUGGAAUUGUGACAUGUAAUAAAUUGAGAAAACCUUAAGCAUG